AACCAUGAGUUAUUAUAAUCCAAAAAUACGAUGUGAAGCUUCGAGGACGGCUCCUUAUCUUCCCACAAAAUCGCUAACAAACACUACGAAAAAGACACUUGUACUCGAUUUGGACGAGACCCUUGUUCACGCGAGUUUUCAGUCAGUACUUCAAGCUGAUGUUGUAAUUCCUGUAAAAUAAGGAAAUUCUACACGUCCAGUUCAGACCGGGAGCACAAGAAUUCAUCCGUAAAAUGUCCAAGCUAUACGAACUGGUGGUCUUUACUGCAAGUGUUGAAUCAUACGCACUUCCAUUAAUGAAGAAACUUGAUCCUGACAAUUUAUGAUCAUCAAUCCUCUGAAGAGAUCACUGAACUCAGCAGGGUGCUAUGUUCGUCAAGGAUAUGUCCAAACUAGGAAGGAGUCUUGAAGAUGUGAUUCUUCUAGAUAACUCUCCUAAUUCCUACUAUUACCAGCCGGAGAAUGGCCUCCCUAUUGAAAAUUGGUACGAUAGUCUAACUGACACAGAGCUAUACAACUAUUAUGAAUUGUUGGAAGCACUUGCAUUUGUUCCUGAUGUUCGGGAAUAUUUACCCAAAGUGAAUAGCAAUGAGAAAUUUGACUUUCAUCGUGCAAAAGAGGUAGCCAAAGAGAUCUUCAAUAAUUCCUCAUCGCCAGCAAGAAGCAGGACAUCAAAAGUUUCAUCCUAUCACAAACAUCGGACUGCUCAAUCUGUCGAUAAUUUUAGUGUGAAGCAAGAAGUUGAAAAUAUUCAGAAAUCCAUCAGCAACUUGAAAGAAGGCUUUGGGGAGAAACCUCUCACUUAUCAAGCUCCGAACUGGAGGAACCACACCCCAGUGUAUAAUAGGAGGACCCAUGACUAUCCACAAACCCCACUAUCACAAGUGAAAAGCUAUUUUGAUAGCUAUGAAAACACUCGUGAUUCCAGACAAGAAAUUCAAACAAGGAACUACUCUCACACCAGGCUAUCAGACGUAGCUUAUCACAGGAACUACGAUUAUACCAAAAAGCCAUUGAAUUCUUACCAAAAGCAGGGAUCAACGACUGCUUCAAAGAGGCCAGCUACUGCAAAAUAUUCCUAUACACCUGUAACAACAACUCCCAAAACUGCCAAUUGAACUCCAAUGAAGCAUCAGCCGACUAUAAAGCAAAGGGAUUUCACAAAGACUUUUCAGGCUCAUAGCUACAACAAGGAAGGAAUGAACAGGAGCUAUAUUGGCUCCAAGGAUUACACUAGCUUGGCUCCGAAGUAUACGAAUAGCACAGGAUAUGCCCCUCCUCAUCAAAGAGUUCCAGCAAAAAUUAAUGAUUACUUACAGAAAAACUACUCGAAAAUAGGCAUUGAAAGUAGGCUAAGGAACUCACAGACAAGGAGACCCACUAGAGAAUACCCUAGAGCUUACUUUAACACCCAGAUGUACCAAUCUGGACAAAGGGACAGGUAAUCUAAAUCAGGCUUAAAAGUGACCGUUUGAAUU